AUGUCGUUGUGUCUUCGUGGUAAUCACUACCAUGUCCUCGUUUUAUGCAAUCUCCAUUCAGAACUGGAAGCAGUGCGUCGAGUGUUUGAGAACACAACUGACAGCGAGUUUGUUGACGCUCACAAUGUCAUCAUCGGACUUCGGGUGUGCCACAACUGGAACAAAACUGGUCUAGCAAUAGCUCUCAUAGCGCAGCCAGAUGUAGGCGCGAAGGCGUGCACGUGCCGUCUAUUCGAAUUAUUGAAAGGUCUCGUCAGUUUUGACGUCGCUGUGCUGAUCGGCGUUUGCUCGACUGUUGAAAACGUUCAAGAAGGAGUCGAAUAUGGCACGGUCAUAGUCGCAAGAAGUACGUCGACAGAAGAAGGAGGAAAGAAACUGCGCAACGGAGAGUUUCUGCCUCAUGGAGAUCCAGAGAAGAUCGACAAUGACGUGCGCGUUAUCAUCCAGCGCGUGAUAGACGGAUCCGGGAGUGGAUGGUUGGAUUCCAUACCGCCGAGCGAGAGGCGUGCCAGUCCUCCGUAUGUACAAGAGAUGAUGCUGAAUGAUGUCUUGAAGAACAAGGACGGCGUGAAUAAGAAAGAUCUGUUCAUAAGACUGAAGAGUGAGGAGACAAUGAAGGAAAUGGAUAAGAGAAUAUUGAACAUUAUUUUGAAAAGGUCUAUGUAG